AAAUAUUGUAAUUUUGUAGGGAAAACUCAAUUAGAAAUAAAAAUUCUUAUCAGUAGUAUAUUUCAUGAAAAGUAUGCUUUUGAUUUGCAAUAAAAUAAAUUUCCAUCUUAUGCUUCUGAACAGUUUUAAUUUCAUAAUUGCAUUUAAUAUUAUUGUGCUACAAUUUUACCACUUUUUACGUAUAUUUUCAGACUUAAGUAAAAAUGAAUAAAAACGCAGAUAAAAUAGAAUCGGCGCUUUCUUGCAAUUUUAUUUAAAUACAUCUUUCAGUCUGACUUUGUAAUUAACAUGUAACUGAAUUUUUUUAGUUCGCUUUUGAUGGAAAUACAUUAUUACAAGACAUUUCAUUUCCAAUCAAAUUUUCGCUGAAAAAUUAUAAUAUUUUGUAGCAUAGAGUAGAUCAAUAUCCAGACAAUCGGUUUCGUGACUAUAGAUUUCGCGAAAACAUAGAUUUUCGCGUGAAGAUGCAGAUACACCUGGACGAGGCCGCGGGGGUCGCGAGGUCGUUCCCAGGGCAGCGUCGACGGCACGGAUUCGGGUCACGUAAUCCGCUGUCGUAGGCAGACGAAACUUCGCCAUCGUAACCAUGUCUGCGCCGCGCGCAUCCGAUUGCCCUGGAAAUUGGCGACGGUAACAGCUACCUUCGACGCGCGCCCUCGUUCUCUCUCUCUUCUCUUCGCGCGACAGGAAACGCCAUCCCGCGAUUCGGCGACUAUCACCCGGACAUCGAGUGCGAACUCCGUUGAGUAUUACUUGGACCAGGAACACGGGGCGCUUCGGGGGAAUACGAAGCGCUCCCGCGCGCGAUCGUGUAGCGGAAAUUCCUGCGAGAACCUGCGAUAUGGAUCCGACGGGCAAGACGAGGUGGACCCAGACGACGCUAUGACUCACGAUCUAACGACCACUUUGAGGAGCGAGCUGGCGGCUCUUGAAUACAAGAGGGACAGGCUUAUGUCUGAGCUGCAGGAAAUGAAAAGCGCUGUGAGAUCGCGGGACCAGAGGGUCGUGGAGCUACAGGUAGAAGCGGAUCAACUUCGCGAACAGGCAGCCAGGCAGAAUGCCGUCAUCUCCAGUCUCAAGAAGCGCAUUCAGGAGUUGGAGGAGAGGGAGAGAAAUCUGUAUGCGAGCCAGGGGCGGAAUGAGAUCACGAUACAGGGUCUGCAGCGUGACGUAAAGUAUCACGAGGAAAAGGUCAGGGAGUACGACAAGAAAAUUCGACAAUCGGAGCACAAUAUAUCCGAGGAGAUUCAAUUGAAGGAACGGGCACGUCUGAAUCUGCAGGAUUUCGUGCGGAGGUUGGCACAUGCAUUGAAUGUCGAGUACUGCGAGGCGGCACAUCACAGUCCGGAGAUGGUGAUUCACAAGGCCGAAGAGCUCGUGCAAGAGGUGAACCGCUUGCGGACGAAGAGCACAAACGCCGAGACGCAGUUGACGGGCGUCGAGGUGGACUUUAGAACCUGCAGGGACGCCCUUGAUCGCGCGACCACGGAAAAGGAGCAGUUGCAGAGACAAAUAUCCGUUCAGCUAGUCGAUAUUGAUCGUUUGCGUCAGGAGAAGGAGUGCCUGGAAAUGCAAUACAGGGUCGCCGAGAAGGAUAUGAACGAUCUGAGAGACAAGCUCGUCAACGCGAAUAGAAGCUUAACCAGCGCAACGGGGAACAUAUCCAAUCAGGAGGCGCUGAUCUGUCAAUUACGAGAGGAUCUGAAGGCCCGCGAGGAAAAGACGCAACGCGUGCAAAAUGAAUUGCGUCACCUGCUAGAGUCGGUCGCGAUCCUCGUCAGCACACCGAGCCGAUUCGUAGAGUCCCACGAGAACGCGAUCAAAGAUCGCAUUCGAGAAAUUCUGGCAGACAAUAAGGAUCAAUCGCUGAAAAUACAAAGCCUUCGAGAAAAGGUGAAUACGGCGACGGAGUCGACGAAUCGGCAGAGCGAGUUGGUCGAGUCCACGAUGAUGAAGGUACGCAGUUUGGAGGAGGAACGCGCCGCUCUAGAAGCUAAAAUACACAAACUCGAAUCCGAACUCGCAAGCAGCGAUCUCUCAAGAGAGUCUUUACGCAGAGACAAGCAGACGUUCAUAACCUUUCUGGAUCGGCUGAGUAAGGCGAUGCAAAUGGACGAGAUCUCCCAAGAGAUCGGGCUCGAUCUUCAAACCGAGUCGCUGUUGGUGCGGGCCGAGCAGCUGGCCAGGUUGGAGACCGACAAGCUGGUCGACAAGUAUUUGUGCUGCAGCUACACGACCCUACCGAGGAUUCGGCGCGAGCGAUCGUUCGAGCUUCCCUGUCUCAAAGAAACUUCCGUGGUUUAUCAGCUACAGCGUCGCGUCCGAACCCUGCGGGAGCAAUUGCAGCGCAGAGACCUGCAUCUGGAUCUUCUACGCAGGAAGCUAUCUCUGCAGGAGGAUAGCGUGAGAAUGAAGUCGCUAUUGCAGAGCGAGCGCGACGAGGCGAAUAUACGCGCAAAAAAGCUGGCGAAACAGAUUGAGCGACUUCAGGUCCAAUUGUCGGAGGAAAAGACACGGAAUCGGGAGUUGAGCGCACAAUUGACGGAAGCCGCAGAUUAUAAGAUAGCUGCGCUGGAACGCAGCCGGAAGAUAGAGGAGCUACAGAAGCGUCUCGUCGAGAGUGAGAUGCUGAGGACGCGUUACAACAGGAAGUUGACGAUGGCGAAGGAGCAGAUGAGGACCGCCGCGGAGACGGCCGAUCAGGAGAGAUCGAUAAACGACCAUACCUUGCAGCUUCACCGCGACGAAUUGGCUCAGGUCAAGCAAAAUCUCUCCGAGGUCACGAGGAGAGAAUCCCAGCUUCAGAGCUUCCGCGUCUCCGUAGCGAAGCUAUUGUCGGAGCCAAUCUGCACGCCCGAUUAUGAGAUCAUUUCGCGGCUGCAGAAAAUGGUCGCGGCUCAUCGAGACUUUACGAUGCUCUCCCGCCGAUAUGACGAACCUUUGGAAACGAGUCCCUCGAGAUGCACCAGCAUUCAUCCGGUCCAUCCGCCGAGAUCGCCCGGUUCACGUUGCACACGUUACGAGGACAGCGGUUUCGCGGACCCGCCCGAUCUCCAUGACAUCGACGACGAUUACAACAAGAGACCAGUGAGAAGCAGCCUUCUUCCGUGACACCGGCCAAAGUUCAAGUUUUAAGCAUUCCCGAGGGAUGACGUUAUACGGUCUCUGCUUUCAAGCCACCUGACCAAAUGGGGAUCUCAAAUUUCCGAUCUCACGUAGCCGAAUGAUGGCGCGGAUGGGAAAACCGUUCCUCGCACACGUGUCGUAAAGCGUUACGUUUAUUCCGCGUAAACGAGCGAUUUUUACGAGAUGGAGAGGACCAUCUGUUUAUCGACCGUCGUUGCUUUACGAAUUAGACAGCGAGCGAGCCACGAGAUCGCUCGCACGUCGAUCGAGCAUUCUCGAUGGCUUGCCCCGGCAUCAAUUUCAAUGGAGUAAGCAUUAAGAAAUAUCGAGCCAUCGAUCCGUGCUAUUACGAGCGAAUGGAAGAGGAAAUCGAUCCGACGCGUUCGCAUGAAAUCGCAAUUUCGAGCUAAUUAUUAAUCGGCGGGCGUGAGAAAUUCCUAACGGAUCGUGUGGAAAUGCGAUACCUGAACGUGUACAGCGUUGGCUAAUGGAAAUCGUCGAAAGUGUUCAGUGAAAAUUACGCGACUUGAUUGUUCGCGUAGCUCUAGCUUAAGGUCAUUUAUUAUUUCGGAAAUAUUUACGAGCCGGCCGCGUGGUGCGGACUUUGAUUUAUAUACGCGAAUAAAAUAGCUAUUACACACAUAUAUAUAUAUAUAUAUAUAUAUAUAUAUAUAUGUAUGUAUACAUAUAUUUCGCUCCUGAAAAAAUCGCCUGGAUGUGCCACUUGAAGCAAGAGAAUCAUUAAUAUGUAUCAAGAAUGAAACCGUAUCGAAUGGGAUUAGUCAAGCGUGCGAACCAUGUGCAAAUGAUGUCAUGUGCAGUGAAAUAAUGAAGACUUUCAGUUUGUAAAGAUGCCAGUUUGCGAAGAAAUUGUGAGAGUAAUGUUUGGAAUACGAAUUAAAGACUGACUUAAUAAGAUCUUUCUUUGUAAAAAAAAAAAAUUGUAGCGUCUCAUUUUUCUUUCUUUAUCUUCAUUCCUGCGCAAUGAAAACGCAUCUUAAAUAAUCUUACAUUAUUACGUGAUAUAUACAUCAAAAAUCUGUGUGUCUACUUUAAUAAAGAUACACGCACAAGUGUUCAUAAAAUUUUCUAUGAAGGUACAGAAGACCCUAGUUUUAUUUAAUCUAGAUUAAUUUAGUUUAUUGCAAUAUGAUCUUUUUUGUUAACUCGUAUGUCAAUAAAAUUUGUUUUUUAAAUAAACAUUAUUCAACGUCGA